CUUAAAGGGCGACUGGCAUUGGGCUGCAGUCAGGCCACCUUUGCACCAUGCCGCCCCAGCUGCUCCCCCUGCUGCUGCUGCUCCUGGCCGGCCCCCCUGCCGCGCGGCCGGCUCCCCCGACCUGCUACUCCAGGAUGCUGGCCCUGAGCAGGGAGAUCACCGCCGACUUCCAGAGCCUGCAGGCCACCGAGCCCUCGGAGCCAUGUGUGAGAUACCUGCCCAGACUGUACCUGGAUAUACACAAUUACUGUGUGCUGGCCAAGCUGCGGGACUUUGCGGCAUCGCCCCAGUGUUGGAAAGUGACCCAAGUGGAUGCCCUGAAGGAGAAAGUGAGGAAACUAUACACCAUCAUGAACUCGUUCUGCAGGAGAGAUCUGGUGUUCCUGUCGGAUGACUGCAAUGCCUUGGAAUACCCAAUCCUAGUGACGGCGGGCCUGCCAGGUCAUCAGAGCUAAGGCAGCUCAGACCAGAGAGAGAACCCAAGGGGGCCGAAGUUAUGUCAGCUGCCCAGACACAGUGGGCCAAGGCCACGGCCCCCUCGAGUCUCCCUGAGGUUGUUACGUGUCUCUCCACCUUUUGGGAAGCAGGGCUUGUGCUCCUACCCUGGAACCGAUUUUGAACAUAGUUAGAAGCCUUGCUUUUCACCCACCUUGGUUUUGUCUCGCCAGGGUGGUUAGAUACACAGGUACGUGUAUUUGGUCACUAAGAAGGAAAGGGCUGACCAGCUUCUCUUUGCUUCUCUUUGAUGAACAACUAGCUUGAGAACAAGCAAAACAGAACGUUUGUAGUAUGACUUUAAUGGAGUAGUGGUACCAUUUUUCUUUCUUGAUAGAAACCUGCUUACAUUUAACCAAGUUUCUAUUUUAUACCCCACUACAAAUUUUUCUUACAGUUAUCUUUCAUUUUUAAAGAAAUUUCACUGCCUGUAAGAUGUAUUUGCAAGGUUCGUAAUUACAUAGUGCUAA